GCCGCCAUCUUGCAGCGCGCGGGCCCGCCGCCGCUCGCCCCGGAGCAGGGCGGGAGCUCAGGGUGUCUGGCUUCGAUCGCGUUCCUUUUCCGCCGCCUGCCCUGCCCAGGCUGCCCAGCCCCAACUCUAGGCCAAUGAACUGACCCAUCGCCCGCCCCCGACUCUUAGCAGCGUCUCGUCUCGUUGCCCACUCCCGCCGAACGGAGAGCCGGGCCACCCAGCCUCCCCGCCGGCCGCGAUGCCGAACGUGCAGCUGCCGCCCAAGGAGAGCAACCUCUUCAAACGCAUCUUGAAAUGUUAUGAACAGAAGCAGUACAAAAAUGGUCUCAAGUUUUGCAAGAUGAUUCUUUCGAAUCCAAAAUUUGCUGAACAUGGAGAGACUUUGGCUAUGAAAGGCUUAACAUUGAACUGUUUAGGAAAAAAAGAAGAAGCGUAUGAAUUUGUUCGUAAAGGACUUCGUAAUGAUGUCAAGAGUCAUGUCUGUUGGCAUGUAUAUGGACUCUUGCAGCGUUCUGACAAGAAAUAUGAUGAAGCUAUUAAAUGUUACCGAAAUGCCCUCAAAUUAGAUAAAGAUAAUCUGCAAAUUUUGAGGGAUCUCUCUCUGUUGCAGAUCCAAAUGAGAGACCUUGAAGGUUACCGAGAGACAAGGUAUCAGCUUCUUCAGUUACGUCCAACACAGCGUGCUUCCUGGAUUGGGUAUGCUAUUGCAUACCAUUUGUUGAAAGAUUACGACAUGGCACUAAAAUUGUUGGAAGAAUUUAGACAAACUCAGCAAGUUCCUCCCAACAAAAUAGACUAUGAGUAUAGCGAACUGAUACUAUACCAGAAUCAAGUGAUGAGAGAAGCAGACCAAUUUCAAGAAUCUUUGGAACAUAUAGAAACAUAUGAGAAACAAAUAUGUGAUAAACUUUUGGUGGAAGAAAUUAAAGGGGAAAUGCUGUUGAAAUUGGGAAGAUUAAAAGAAGCCAGUGAAGUAUUCAAAAACUUGAUUGAUCGGAAUGCAGAAAAUUGGUAUUAUUAUGAAGGCUUGGAAAAAGCUCUACAACUUAGUUCCUUAGGACCUUUUCUCCCCCAUGGCACUUUAGAAGAGAGGCUUCAGCUUUAUGAAGACAUCAGUAAGCAGCACCCCAGAGCUAUUUCACCUAGGAGAUUACCUUUGAAUCUUGUCCCAGGUGACAAAUUCAGAGAACUAAUGGAUAAGUUCCUGAGGGUUCACUUCAGUAAAGGCUGCCCACCCUUGUUUACUACUUUGAAAUCUUUGUAUUACAAUACAGAAAAGAUUUCCAUAAUCCAGGAGCUUGUUACUAAUUAUGAAGCCUCUCUUAAAACAUGUGACUUUUUUAGUCCUUAUGAGAAUGGGGAGAAGGAACCCCCAACAACACUACUCUGGGUUCAGUAUUUCCUGGCACAGCACUUUGACAAACUCGGGCAAUACUCAUUGGCUUUGGAUUAUAUUAAUGCUGCAAUUGCUAGUACCCCAACUCUAAUAGAAUUAUUCUAUAUGAAAGCAAAAAUUUACAAGCAUAUAGGUAAUCUUAGAGAAGCUGCAAAGUGGAUGGAUGAAGCACAGUCUUUAGACACGGCUGAUCGAUUCAUCAAUUCCAAAUGUGCAAAAUAUAUGCUUCGAGCAAAUAUGAUAAAAGAAGCAGAGGAAAUGUGCUCCAAGUUCACAAGGGAAGGAACAUCUGCCAUGGAAAAUCUAAAUGAAAUGCAAUGUAUGUGGUUUCAGACAGAGUGCAUUUCAGCUUAUCAGCGUUUGGGGAGAUACGGGGAUGCACUGAAAAAGUGCCAUGAAGUGGAAAGGCAUUUUUUUGAGAUAACCGAUGAUCAAUUUGACUUCCAUACAUACUGCAUGAGAAAGAUGACCCUUCGUGCCUAUGUUGACCUUCUGAGAUUAGAAGAUGUACUUCGAAGACAUGCCUUCUAUUUCAAGGCUGCUAGAUCAGCAAUUGAAAUAUACUUGAAACUGUAUGAUAAUCCCUUAACCAAUGAAAGCAAACAACAAGAAAUAAAUUCAGAAAACCUGUCAGCCAAAGAAUUGAAGAAAAUCCUUAGCAAGCAGAGAAGAGCUCAGAAAAAGGCUAAAUUAGAAGAAGAGAGGAAGCAUGCAGAAAGGGAACGUCAACAAAAAAAUCAAAAGAAAAAAAGAGAUGAAGAAGAAGAAGAAACCAGUGGUCUCAAAGAAGAACUUAUACCUGAAAAAUUAGAAAAGAUAGAAAAUCCAUUGGAAGAAGCUAUCAAGUUCCUUAUACCUCUGAAGAACCUUGUUGCGGAUAACAUUGAUACUCAUCUAUUAGCGUUUGAAAUAUAUUUUAGAAAAGGCAAGUUUCUGUUAAUGCUGCAAUCUGUCAAACGAGCUUUUGCCAUCAAUAGUAAUAACCCAUGGUUACAUGAAUGUUUAAUUAAAUUUUCUAAAUCUGUGUCCAAUCAUAGUAAUCUUCCAGACAUUGUGAGCAAAGUUCUCUCUCAAGAAAUGCAGAAAAUAUUUUUCAACAAGGAUUUGGAAAGUUUUAAUGAGGAUUUUCUCAAACAUAAUGCUUCCUCUCUUCAGCAUCUACUUUCAGGUGCUAAAAUGAUGUAUUUUCUGGACAAGUCAAGGCAAGAGAAAGCAAUCGCCAUUGCUACUAGACUGGAUGAAACUAUAAAAGAUAAAAAUGUAAAGACUUUAAUAAAGGUUUCUGAGGCGCUGCUUGAUGGCAGCUUUGGGAGCUGUAAUUCCCAGUAUGAAGAAUACAGGAUGGCUUGUCACAACCUGCUUCCUUUCACGGCUGUGUUCCUGCCUGCUGUGAAUGAAGUCGGCAGCCAUACUGCCACCCUAAACCACACCGCUAACUAUGACGUCUUGGCAAAUGAAAUCUGAAAUCCCCUAGAAAACCGACUCCUGGACACCCACAGCUGACUUCAGCUCAGGGUUUCUUUCCCAGGGUGUAUUUAAAUGUAGGUAUGAAAUGAAAUAAUUGGAUAGAAAUUUUGAAUGGAAUAUUCUGUGAGCUUAUUUUGUUCUUGAUCUGACUCUGCCAAGAGACAUAAACAUCUGUUAAAAUAAUCUGUUUAUACUUGUACAGUUUUCUUAAACUU